AGGCGGAACGUUAAAGAACAUGACACAAACAUCUCCCAGAAAUCCGGUAGAAUUCAGCCAAUCUGAUGGUGACUUCGAAACUCCUGAAGUGUUUCCACUUUUGUGUCCCAUAUGCAUCAGCCGUUUAGCCAAUGGUCCGUGAGUGUUACGACUGAGGCUGAGUCAAUGCUUAGCAUGAGAACCCAACUCUUUAACAGUGUAAACAACUCUUAAUGCAUGAAAUGGCAUUGUACCCCCCAAGUAAAUCAUUUGCUAUGAAACACAAAUACAAAUCAGAUUAGAAUCUAAUAAAGUGUAUUUGUUGUGUGUGUAACCCAGUUAGGGUUAUUAUGUUGAGUUAAUGACAGAAUGGGUUAAUGAUGGGUAAAAUAAGCAAGUUAUUAUUGAGUAAAUAAUAUCUAAUUCAUGAGAAGGGUUAAUUUGGAAUACAUAAGAUGGGAGUACAUCAUUUAUGCUUAUGUACAUGUAUUAUUUUGUGUUUCAGUUGAGAACUAUGUUUUAAAGCACUGUUUCUUUAAGAAAUACGGUGAUACUUAAAGUUUGUAUGUAAUGCACUUGCAGAAAAUGUGCUUUUGCCUAGCAAGUUAGUAUUAUUUUUUGCUGAUAGGUUGAUGUUUUAUUUGUUCCCACCCUCACGUGUGAGAGUGUGAUUCUGAUUGGAGGAGAAAAAAAAAGGUGAACAGAGAGGUACGCACGAGAGUGUUGUUGAGAUGGUGGAGAAGAAAAUGUACAUGUAAACGCUGUAUAAGUUGUUGAAACUUACAUUUCUUCAAAUCGGAGAGUUUAAGGACAUUCAUGAAAGUGUAUGCACGUUACUCUGCACGAGUAUAAGCCGGUUUUCUUUUGUAGUGUUGAGUUCAGUUGUUAAUGUGAGAAUACAUGAUAGAUAAUCGGACAUUCAAGUACACUGGACUGCAUUAAAGUUUAUUUUGUUUCAUCUAACAAGUCUUGCUGGAUCAACAAAGACCCAGAUAGCGUUCUAAAUCCCCGAGUGAUUUAGAAUUCCUCUGGCGCCGUGGGACAUGAUCAGCUCAACAGCGUCAGAGUGAAGUGGCCAUUUGUUGUUUCACGGCCUCAACGAUCUCUAGCAACGUCCAGGCCUGCAACGGGGAGGGGUUGGGACUUGUGAGGUGUGUGUAUGUGCGUGCGUGCACACGUGUCUAUGUGAGUGGCCACUCAAACGUUAAAACCGGUACUGUUUCAACUAUUGUUUGUGAAACGAGUAUUUAUUGAUAUUAUUUGUUUAUUUGAGAUAUUAAGGAAGUGUUGAUCUGUCAUAAUUGGUUAUUGGAAGUGAUUGUAUAUUUUCUUCAAAGGGGAAAAAAUACACAAGACAAGUGUAUGGUUUAAUUUGAAGUUUAUUGAACAUUUGAUAUUUAAACAUUUAUUUAAACAUUUAUUUAUUUUGUUUUACUGUGUAUAAAUAAACCUAAAGGUUAAUUUUGUUAUACUUACCCAUUUGUGUUGAUUGAAGUCAUUAUACAGUGACAUUUCCUAGCUGACAUAGGGGAGGAUAGCAUUAGUGCAUAGUCGAGAGACACUUUAAGAACCCGGUGCGCUGCUCUGGUUAUAAUCAGAGCAUAGGGGCGCUACACAAUUUGGGGGCUCUUCCGGGAUCAUUAUUCUCUCCCUAAAAUCCUAAAUAUUAAGAUUAAGCAUUCAGUAGAAGAAAAGGGUACUUACUGACUAUUCUUUUAAAGAAUCAAAAUGGCGCUCAAGAGUGAUUCACGUUUGUCUGUUGAACUUUCAAACUGGUGCAAGGAAGCUGUAGUUGAGGAAAGCCAUGCUAUCAUGUUAAUGGGAGUACCUGCAACAACUGAUGUGGCAUGUAUUGAAGAAGCUGUCGAAACUAUAAAAGCAGUAGGCAGAGUGAGAGUUAGAGACUCUAAAAAGGGACAAAGCCCAGAUACUGUGUUGAUCUUGUGUGAAUGCCGUGAAGUGAUAGAUCCUACCCGCAUUCCAGCUGAAUUGCUAAGAGCCGAAGGGGAAGAGACAUGGAGGGUCAUUGUAGCACCUGUUGAUGUACCUGCAUGCGGGUUUUCUGAGAAAUUGGCAAAAUUUCUGCAUGAGGAAGGAAAAUCCAUGACUGACUUGGAAUCUUUAUUCCAUUCAGCCAGUUCCAAUGCUGGUUCACCCGAGUCCAUUAUACGUGCAGUUGGGGACCUUCUGGAAAAAACAAAGCCUUCUGGAGACUCCAAUGCUUAUAGGCGAUUGCGUAUGUUUUCUGGUACUAUUCCUACCCCGUCUGGAGAAGAAAAUCUUGAGAAUUGGAUGGAACAGGCCAGAUUAAUGACCGCCGAAUGUGAGUGUUCAGAAAAAGAAAAGCGACGACGGAUAAUGGAGAGUUUGAAAGGCCCUGCUCUUGACAUUGUGAAGGCGGUAAGGUUUUCAAGUCCUGAGGCUAGUGCUUCACAGUACCUUGAGGCUCUAGAAAAUACCUUUGGAACCUCUGAAUCAGGGGAAGACCUUUACUUUGCUUUCAGGUUACUGAGACAAUUCCCUAGAGAAUCUCUGUCUGACUUCCUGAGACGAAUAGAGAAAUCGUUGACAAAGGUGGUUCAAAAGGGCGGGUUGAUGUCUCACAUGAUGGAUAAGGCAAGGAUUGAACAGCUAAUCAGAGGUGCUGCUUUCGAUUCAGACCUGAUGUUAUUACAGCUGAGGCUACGAGAACGGAAAGACCACCCUCCGACUUUCUUGGAGUUAUUGAAUGAGUUAAAGACAGCUGAAGAGAAUGAACUUGCACGUCGUAGAAUCGGAACGUCAGUGAAAUCAAUAAAUCUGAAAACCGAUGAUAAUCCGGAAUUGGAAGUAGUAAAGCAACUCCGAGCUGAACUUCAGGAGCUAAAAGCCAAUAUGAGAGAUGAUUCAGCCAAAGUUCCUGUUGCAUCCAUGAAGAUAGAUUCUAGAGAAAAACUUGAAAAGCAAAGAGUAGAUACUCAUGGAGAGUCUGAAGUGAAAGAGUUAAAGAAACAAAUUCACAAGUUAAAUAAACAAUUGGAGGUGAUGAGUAUCAGUUCAACUGCUAAGCCUGUUCAAACUAAAACUAGGCUGGACUACAGAGCAAUGCCUUCACGACACAAUGAGAAACCAAUGAAGUCUAAGGAGGAUUUCUUCUGUUACCGUUGCGGGGAAGAUGGACAUAUAGCCACUAAGUGUAACGCACCAGAGAAUACUGGCAAAGUUAUACAAAAGCUGGUGAGAUCCCUCAGAAGGGCUAAAACUGAAGGGAGCAGAUCAAAGGAAGAUCCUGUUGCUUCUUGUGGUCCAGAUUGUUUCUCCAAGAAGGGACUAACUGAUGUCAGAGAGAAGGAAUGUGUGCCUAUGGGUCUAGUGGGACCAGUCUCAACCAUUUCAGUAGAAUUGAAUGGAUGUCCAUGCAGUGCUUUACUUGACAGUGGUUCUCAAGUUACCAUUGUUUUUGAACAGUGGCAUGCCAAGUACUUACCACAGAUUCCCAUUCAACCUUUGACUGGAUUGUCUAUCUGGGGACUAAGUGCCUGUAACUAUCCAUAUAAGGGAUACAUUCUAGUGGAUGUGUCAUUUCCUGAGUCACUUAUUGGAGUGAAAGAAACAGUACCUGUCUUAGCAUUGGUGUGUCCAGAACCACAAGGUCCUCAACAAGUUCCUGUAAUCAUUGGAACCAAUGCAAGUUUUUUCCAAAGACUGAUUUCACUUGGCCAGGAGUCAGGAGUAUCGGAUGCUGCACAUUCUCUAAGGAUUCAGUCAACUGUUUCAAUACCUUGUGUCCAGCAUAAGAAAUGGAAAGAGGAAGUGACUGACUCAGUUGAAGGGAUUGUUACAUGGAUGGGACCUGGAUCCCUAUCAAUACCUCAGAAGGGUGAAAAGUAUGUGCAGUGUAAAGUUGAACUCAAGGAACAGAUGAGAGAAGAUAUUCUCCUAGUAGAAGCCACGGAUGAGAACUUAUUACCUGCUGGAGUAUUUGUCCCAUCAUCCGUCCUGUAUUCAUCUGAUAUAGACGUGGAUAACUUCAAAUUGCUUGUGUGCAAUGAGACUGCGAAAGAUAUAAGAAUUCCUCCAGGGACUGUGAUGGCAAAUGUUUUCCAUACCGACACUGUUACGGUCGCGCAGGGAGAUCAGACCGCUGUCAGGAAGCUAAAUCCGAAUAUCUUUAACUUUGGCAAUUCUCCAAUACCACCUAAUUGGGAGGAAAGAUUAAGAAAAAAGUUGUCAGCGCGAGGAAACGUGUUUUCUAUAUCAGAAUGGGAUGUGGGAAAAGCAAAAGAUGUGACUCAUACUAUCAGGCUGAAUGAUUGCACGCCUUUCAGGGAGAGAUCUAGGCGUAUUGCCCCAGCAGACAUCGAUGAUGUGCGCCGUCAUCUGAAGGAUUUGCUGGCUGCCGGUAUAAUAAAGGAAUCAAGGAGUCCCUAUGCGUCACCUAUAGUCAUAGCUCGUAAGAAGAGUGGUGCUAUUAGAAUGUGCAUUGAUUAUAGAACUCUGAAUUCCAGAACCGUACCGGAUCAAUAUACAACUCCCAGGAUAGAGGACGCUCUGGAUUGUUUGUCGGGGAGCAAGUGGUUUUCCGUCCUGGACUUAAGGAGUGGUUACUAUCAAAUUGAAAUGGCUGCUGAAGAUAAGGAAAAGACGGCAUUCAUUUGUCCUCUUGGAUUCUACCAAUUCGAGCGGAUGCCGCAAGGGAUAUCUGGAGCUCCAGCAACGUUCCAACGACUGAUGGAGAGGGCAGUUGGAGAUAUGCACUUGCUACAAGUUAUAGUGUAUCUAGAUGAUCUAAUUGUUUUCGGAAGAACACUAGAGGAGCAUGAAGAGAGGUUGAUGAAAGUGCUGGAUCGAUUGGAAGAGUUCGGGCUCAAAGUGUCUGUUGAUAAAUGUCAAUUUUGCCAGCCGGCUGUAAAAUAUGUUGGGCAUAUUGUGUCUGCCGAUGGCAUAACCCCAGACCCGGAAAAGGUGAAGGCUGUAAAUGAAUGGAAGAUACCUCAUGAUCUAAAGUCACUGAGAUCGUUUCUUGGAUUCUGUGGAUUCUAUCGGAGAUUCAUUAAGAAUUACUCCAAGAUAGUACGGCCAUUAACGGAACUGACCAAAGGGUAUGCCCCAGUGAGGAGUAAACAGAAAGUAUUACCUAAAGGUAAAUAUUACCAAGAGCUGGAACCCUUUGGAGAGCGGUGGACUGAGGAGUGUACAGAAGCCUUCCAUACCAUUAUCCAUUGUCUUACUCAUACACCAGUACUAGCCUACGCAGAUCCAUCUAAGCAGUACAUAUUGCACGUGGAUGCCAGCUUACAAGGUCUGGGUGCCGUGUUAAAUCAGGAGUACCCUGAGGGGUUGAGACCAAUUGCAUUCGCCAGUAGGAAGUUGAGUACAGCUGAGCAACGAUAUCCCAUUCAUCAGUUGGAGUUCCUGGCUCUGAAAUGGGCUGUCGUUGACAAAUUCCAUGACUACCUGUAUGGAACAAAAUUCAAAGUAAGGACGGACAACAACCCCCUUACAUAUGUUCUAUCAAGUGCAAAGCUCAAUGCUACUGGACAUAGGUGGUUGGCUGCCUUAGCCACUUAUGAUUUCAGCCUCCAGUAUAAACCUGGUAGUCAGAAUACGGAUGCCGAUGUACUGUCGCGUUAUCCUUUGGAUGCUGGUCAGACCACAGAAUGGAUAGAUAUUCCUAGAUCAGGAGUAAAAGCUAUCUGUACACGUGCUACUAGUACUUACCUGUCUGAUGAGUCGAGUGACAGAUUGGUAGACCAGCUGGGGGUCGAUUCUGAAAGUAUUCCUGAUUUGUAUGUUUGCCCAAUACACUUGGGUACGAACCAUCAAUCUCCAUUGUCUAACUCAGAUUUGAGGUUAGCGCAAGAACAAGAUCCCAUCAUUGGUCCAGUGAUCCUAGAUGUGGAGAAAGGGAAACUUCCCAAUGCUUCAAAGAGUUCUAAUGUUUUGGAGACAUUAUUGAGGCAACAGGGUAAGAAGUUGGCCAUUCGUCAUCAGCUCUUGUACAGAGUAACAAACAACUCUUUUGGGAAAGAGAAAGAGCAGUUAGUCUUGCCGGAAAAAUACCGAAAUGAGGUCUUGAAUUCUCUUCACGAUGAGUCAGGUCACCUAGGGAUUGAGCGAACCACUGAAUUGUGUAAAGACAGAUUCUAUUGGCCACAUAUGACUAGGGAAGUGGAGAAAUAUGUGAAGAAUUGUGGAAGAUGUAUAGCGAGGAAAACUCUGCCACAAAAAUCAGCCUACCUGAAUCAUAUUACAAGUAGUGGGCCAAUGGACCUUGUUUGCAUUGACUUCCUGUCAAUUGAACCAGAUUCAAAGGGAGUUGCCAAUGUACUUGUAGUGACCGACCACUUUACCCGUUAUGCGCAAGCAUAUCCUGCAAGAGAUCAGAAGGCGUUAACGGUUGCAAAAAUCUUAGUAGAGAAGUUCUUUGUACAUUACGGUUUGCCUGCCAGAAUUCAUUCUGACCAGGGCCGUGAUUUUGAGAGCAGACUAAUCAAGGAGUUACUUGGAAUCCUGGGGAUCCGAAAGACGAGAACGUCACCCUACCAUCCUCAAGGAGAUCCCCAACCAGAGCGCUUCAACCGCACUCUUCUAUCCAUGUUGGGUACGCUGGAUGCUGCCAAGAAAGAAAGGUGGAGCCAAAGUGUGAGUCAGUUAGUACAUGUAUAUAACUGUACUAAAAGUGAAGUAACGGGAUAUUCUCCUUACUAUCUAAUGUUUGGAAGAGAAGCUCGUCUACCGAUAGAUGUGCACUUUGGAAAUCCUGUGGAUGGAAAGGGGGGAGCAAAUUAUCAAAAAUAUGUGGAGAGGAUGAAAGAGGAUUUAAGACACGCAUAUAAGUUAUCUUUGCAAAAUGCGCAGAAGACACAGCAGAGGAACAAAAGACUCUAUGAUCAGAGAGUGAAGUUCAGAGUGCUUGAAAAAGGAGAUUGUGUGCUGGUCAAGAAUCUUGCAACGACUGGGAAACAAAAGUUACAAGAUCGAUGGAACUCCGUACCUUACCUUGUCCUGGAGAAGUUGCAAAAUCUGCCUGUGUACAGGGUGAAGCCAAAAGCAGGAACUGGAGGUGUGAGAACUUUGCACCGGGAUCACUUGUUGCCAAUUGGAGAAGAAGUGAGGAUAAACUUACCUGCUGAAAGGGAAGAAGUUCCACGUCACAUGGUGACCAGAUCCAAAACUGUGAAAAGGACACAGAAAAAAGCAAUAAGACCUGAAGUGGACCCAGAAAGUUGUAAAUGUGUGGACAUAACUUCUGACAGUGACGACGGUAGUCAUUGUGCAUAUUACUCAGUUGAACAAACAGUGGAUCUUGGAACACUAUCUUUUCCAUCCUAUGAGAGGGAGAAAGUGAAGAGCCCUGCUAGGUCUCAAAAGGAUCCUGCUCAGGUGGAAGUGACUGGAGGAGAUUUGCCACCUGAUGAUGAUGUGGAGAGCGUUUCAGCCCAGAUGCUGGAGAACUUGGGAGAUUCGGUUUCUGAUAACGAAAUUAAUGAAUCAGUGAAUGUUACAAGAGAAGAAGAACAGAGAAAAGUUGGAAAUCGUCCAAGGAGGAUGAUAAAACCAGUUCAGAAACUAAGUUAUGAUGCACUUGGGAAAUCUACUGAUAGACCCUUAACAAUCGUAUAUAGGGGUAUGGUAGUGAAAAUUCAAGAGUCUUCUAAGGUGAAGGGUACUUGCAAUACAUUGUGGUGUCACCCAAUGGCCACAUGUGAACAUUGUGUUAAUGUGCAUCCAAACCUGAAAUCUGAAGUUAUGCUACAGUUGUAGUUAAAAACCUCAUGGGGACAUGAGUAUUUUAGUAGGGGGAGAGUGUAACCCAGUUAGGGUUAUUAUGUUGAGUUAAUGACAGAAUGGGUUAAUGAUGGGUAAAAUAAGCAAGUUAUUAUUGAGUAAAUAAUAUCUAAUUCAUGAGAAGGGUUAAUUUGGAAUACAUAAGAUGGGAGUACAUCAUUUAUGCUUAUGUACAUGUAUUAUUUUGUGUUUCAGUUGAGAACUAUGUUUUAAAGCACUGUUUCUUUAAGAAAUACGGUGAUACUUAAAGUUUGUAUGUAAUGCACUUGCAGAAAAUGUGCUUUUGCCUAGCAAGUUAGUAUUAUUUUUUGCUGAUAGGUUGAUGUUUUAUUUGUUCCCACCCUCACGUGUGAGAGUGUGAUUCUGAUUGGAGGAGAAAAAAAAAGGUGAACAGAGAGGUACGCACGAGAGUGUUGUUGAGAUGGUGGAGAAGAAAAUGUACAUGUAAACGCUGUAUAAGUUGUUGAAACUUACAUUUCUUCAAAUCGGAGAGUUUAAGGACAUUCAUGAAAGUGUAUGCACGUUACUCUGCACGAGUAUAAGCCGGUUUUCUUUUGUAGUGUUGAGUUCAGUUGUUAAUGUGAGAAUACAUGAUAGAUAAUCGGACAUUCAAGUACACUGGACUGCAUUAAAGUUUAUUUUGUUUCAUCUAACAAGUCUUGCUGGAUCAACAAAGACCCAGAUAGCGUUCUAAAUCCCCGAGUGAUUUAGAAUUCCUCUGGCGCCGUGGGACAUGAUCAGCUCAACAGCGUCAGGUGAGCGAGAGAGAGAGAGCGCGUGUUCGAGCUUCGGAGGAGUCUAACGAGAACGCUGAUAAUCAAGGAAUUCAGGUGAUCUUAUUUAAUUUUAUUUGCUCAUUAGAGUGAAGUGGCCAUUUGUUGUUUCACGGCCUCAACGAUCUCUAGCAACGUCCAGGCCUGCAACGGGGAGGGGUUGGGACUUGUGAGGUGUGUGUAUGUGCGUGCGUGCACACGUGUCUAUGUGAGUGGCCACUCAAACGUUAAAACCGGUACUGUUUCAACUAUUGUUUGUGAAACGAGUAUUUAUUGAUAUUAUUUGUUUAUUUGAGAUAUUAAGGAAGUGUUGAUCUGUCAUAAUUGGUUAUUGGAAGUGAUUGUAUAUUUUCUUCAAAGGGGAAAAAAUACACAAGACAAGUGUAUGGUUUAAUUUGAAGUUUAUUGAACAUUUGAUAUUUAAACAUUUAUUUAAACAUUUAUUUAUUUUGUUUUACUGUGUAUAAAUAAACCUAAAGGUUAAUUUUGUUAUACUUA